AUGGCCGCCCCCCUUCGUAUCGGAUUCGUGCCAGAGCACUUUUCUACCCCGCUGCACUUUGCUCAGAAAUACUUUGGUCUCGAUGCCACUCUGAUCCCUUUUCCGUCAGGCACCGGCCACAUGAUUACAGCCCUGCGAGCCGAUGAGAUUGACAUUGGCAUUGGCUUGACAGAGGCUUGGAUCGCUGGACUCGGAAAGGAAGGCGUUGAAGGAGAUGGCGGAUAUCGUCUGGUUGGAACCUAUGUUGAGACUCCCCUCUGCUGGGCCAUCUCAACCGGAGCCAAGCGCCCCGAAAUCACCGCCGUCGAAUCCCUCAAGGGCGGCAAGAUCGGCGUCUCCCGCAUCGGCUCCGGCAGCUACGUGAUGGGCUACGUCCUCGCCGAUAAGAACGGCUGGCUCUCCCCCGGCGGCGCGGAGCCCUUCUCCGACACCGUCGUCCUCAACACCUUCGAGAAGCUGCGCAACGCGGUCAACUCGGGCGAGGCGGACUUCUUCAUGUGGGAGCACUUUACCUCCAAGAAGUUUUACGACUCGGGCGAGAUCCGCCGCGUGGGCGAGAUUUACACGCCCUGGAGCAGCUGGAAGAUUGUGGCGUCGACGAAGCUCACUCAGGGAGGAGGGCUGGAUGCUCGCGUAAAGGAUCUGUUUGAGAAGCUGGAUAAGGGCGUGGCCUACUUCAAUGCCAACCACGACGAGGCGGUGGAGUACAUCUCGACGAAUUUGGACUAUUCGGCUGAGGAUGCGAGGGAGUGGCUCAAGACUGUGACUUUCCCAGCCAAGACAGAGGGUGUUAAGCCAGAUGUUGUAUCAGGCUGUGUUUCCAUUUUGCGAAAAGCUGGAGUGCUGGCUGAGGGCAAAGGCAUGAGUUCAGAUGCAAUGAUUGUGUGA